AUGGGAAGAUCACCAAGUUUUGUGAAGGGGCUGAAGAAAGGGCCAUGGACGACCGAAGAAGAUCAAAAGCUUGUCAGUUAUAUCGAACAAAAUGGCCACGGAAGUUGGCGUGCGUUGCCGCUUAAGGCUGGGUUACAGAGAUGUGGAAAGAGUUGUAGACUGAGGUGGACGAACUAUUUGAGACCAGAUAUUAAAAGAGGAAAGUUUAGCAUGCAAGAAGAACAAACCAUCAUUCAACUUCAUGCCCUUAUUGGCAAUAGAUGGUCAGCUAUUGCAACUCAUUUACCGAAAAGAACAGAUAACGAGAUUAAGAAUUACUGGAACACUCAUCUCAAAAAACGAUUAACCAAGAUGGGUAUCGAUCCAAUCACCCACAAGUCAAGAACCGCCGGCAACGCCAACCUGUCCCAUAUGACACAAUGGGAGAACGCUCGUCUUGAAGCAGAAGCUCGACUCGUUCAUGGACCUAGGCGUGUUCCCAACUUUUAUCAACGAAUCCAUCAUGGCCGGUCGCCUCCCGCUACCAACAACUCAUUCGUGUCUUCGAUCUCACCACAACAACCACUAUAUUUCGAUGUGCUAAAAGCAUGGCAAGGUAUAAAUGACCUAUCACAAUUCAUGCCAAUUUUGAAUCAUGUUGAGAAUGUCGAACCGUUGUCUCUUAACGAUAUGACCACCGAAGAUCCCACGACCAACUGGAAAAUCCCAAAAAUUCCAUCCAACGUCCCGGAGACCUUAAAAGAUGAAGGAAAUCAAAACGAGUUUGGAGUGAGUAACAUGAUAUCGGAACAUGGUUACUUGACGGAUGCGGUUACGCUCACGAAUUGUCUUGGUAACGAUGCCAGGGGCGAAAACCGUGACGAUGAUUUCGAAGAGGAAACGAGUUACUGGAGUAACAUUCUUGAUAAAUUAGGCAAUAAUUCGUCGUCGUUUUCAUCGGUUUUCUAG